CGCAGCUCUGAACUCUGCGGUGGAUGAAUCCACUGCAGGGGAGCACCCCGUGAUCCAGUCACCUUCCGUUAGUCACCCCACCUCUGGACACACAAGGCUUCUGGGGGACAGUCGAGAUCUAAACCAUAACGAUUCCAGUGGGAAGUACAGAGCCUUAGGAGGUACACUACCACAUUUAUACCACUGUGGAAACUGAGGCCAACCACUCAGCUCCUUAGUGGCGGAGCUGGGCUGACUGCUUCAUGCCUUUCUCCAUCGGCACCUGGACGGUGUCUUCUGCCCGCUGGGCACACAGGCACCACUGAUUGCAUCUCUUGUCACUGGUAAUUGUCAUCGGUUGGACACAGGUGUGCCGGGGAGGAAGCUCGGGAAUGACGCUCACAGUUCCAUUGUAAACACCUGUUGGUGGAGCACGUAAUGGUUGACCAGGGCACUGUUCCCACUUUGGCCGUCUGUUCCCCGUGUGGUGUGGUCUGGUCUGCUGCCGACGUGCCCACCACGAUUCGGAUCUUCCACCGCUGCUACUCCUGCAAGGAAGGGAACCGAUUCAAGCUCAACAAGGGGGAACUGAAGCUGGUCCUGCCGCGAGAGCUCACGGAGUUCCUCUCGGGAUCCCCACCCCGCACCCGCGGGUGUACAGCAUCCACAGUCGGACGGUCACUCGCUACCCCGCCAACUCCAUCGUGGUCGUCGGAGGCUGCCCAGUGUGCAGGUGCACAGAGGCGUGUGCCUCGAGGAGGGCCGCUCAUCCCAGCAUAUCGGCGACCCUGCAGCUCAGACCUCCAGCACAGCUUCCUCCCCAGGCCGCUGGCCACACUCAAGCCACGAGGGGCCUCAAGGCCCAGCCAGGGUGGGAGCCAGGGAACCCAUAGAGUGGCUCAGGACAGUGCCUCGUUGGCUCCCCAAGAUGACUCAGCUCGGAGAACUUACAGUUAUGAAUGCCACAUGGAUUUUAUCAUGCAUUGUUGCGACCCUGGACUGUAAGCUGGCCAGCCACUGCUGAAUGGGGCUGCUAAUGUGGAGGCCUCAGCUGAGCCAUGGGAUCCCGCCCACUCAGACAGGAGGUCAGGUGAGCACCAGCUGCCGACAGUCCUCUACCUGACCUCACCCAGGAGCUGGCCCUCACCUGUCAGCAGCGACAACCACACCUUUCCACAGACCCUUUCUGGCAUCAGUAAGAGCCACACAAGGGAGCCAUUUUCAUUAGACAUUUGUACCUUUUGAAUGUUCUUCCAUGAAACCAAUAAGGAACGACUGGCUGCUCAGAUGAAAUGACAAGCAGCUUUCCAGUCUGUGAGACAGAAACAGGGACCUGGGGCUGUGGAGAUGGUCUGUGUGGGAAGGGGCCUUUGGGGUGUACAGCUCUGCCCAGGGCAGGAUGGACGGGGAGCCCCUCCCACGAGGAGGGCGGGGCGGCCCUCAGGGUGAGUCAGGGUGGGAAUGUGACUGUAGCUUCCCUGGGACCAGGCCUGGCUUGGAGGCCAGAGCACAGGUCACCUCUACAGGCCCUCCAAAGGAGGCGCAUCCAUCUGAGGGCAGAGCAGUGGGGAGGGAGGGCAGGCGGGGGAGGGCGGGCCCACCUCACCUGCCACCUCUGUCUGCACUCUUGGGGCGCCUCCUGGCACUGACAGCUGCUUACCCUUCAGCCGGCAGAGGUUUGAAGAGAAAGCCGGCUCAGGGCCGGGGAUUUAGCUCAGUGGCUUCGCCGCCACCUGCUGCAUAAACGCAAGGACCCGAGUUGGAUCCCUGGUACCAAAAAUAAAUAAAUAAAUAAAGCUAGGUCACGUUUAAGCUGGAUGCAAGAGAAAAUGUAAGAGAAGGCAUAUGUUACCAUCACUGAUUGUACUGGUAUUUAAAAACUGGGCUCUUUGAUCUACUUUUGGGAAACAACUACUGCCUCAAUGCUUUCUUCAUCAAGCUCGAUCCCCAUGGUAAAAAUGCUGGAGAUAAAAAUAUGCCUUCAUUUGCUAAAAUGGAUGACUGUCCUGUGUUGGUCAAUGUGUCAGUGUUGUCAUUUGUAGUUUUAGUCCUAUGAUUUUUUGGCAAGAUUCUUUUGCAUCAAAAGGCAUUGUAUGAGGGCCGGGGAUUUAGCUCAGUGGUUCUGCCACCUGCCUCGAAAGCACAAAGUCCUGAGUUGGAUCCCCGGUACCAAAAAAAAAAAAGUAUGUCAGAGACAAUUUCGAAUCUCCAUAUAGUCUGGGUGAAUGUCAUGGCAGACUAUUCUGAGAUCAAAAGGCAUUAUAUGACCUUAAUAAAGCAGCUAACACCUGAGUAUCAGCACCUGUUGCUAAUGUCACAGAAAGAGCGGCUGUGUUGACCACCAGUGAAACACACUAGCAAAACAGAACAACCAACAAAACAAAACAGGCUCUGACCAGGCUUGAGCUCUAACUGCUGAUUUAUCAGAAGCAAAGAAGAGAGAAGGGGAUGCAGCAAAGGACACCGGUAGA